AUAUGACAUCAGGCACAUCUCUCGCUUCGUGCAGUGUGGUCUGCCUGAUCACUGGCUGCUUACCAGCACGGCCAGGGAGGUGUUUCCCUAACUCCCAGCCCAGGUACUUAAGUUUCUGCACAAAGCGGUGCAGCCCCGAGUCCCAGCCGGCGGCGGGCUCUGUUCCGCUCAUCUGCUCGGCAGAUCGCUCCCGCACCUCGCCGUGAACGAUGGAAUUUGAACUCCUUAGAGUGACCGUGAAGUGAGAAAACAAACUGAACAGACGGGGCUGAGAUGGAUGAGGAGGGAAUGAAUCAAAACGGCAGCAAGUCGCAAGGAGCAGGAGGCCAGGUGCCUGCAACGUCUCCAUCAGAGGUGCUGAUGAGGGACUUCGUUUCAGACUGGUCUCCUUUACACGAUGCCUCUAUCCAUGGGCGUCUGCUUGCUCUGAAGAAACUCAUCAACCAGGGGAGUGAUGUUAAUCUUGUUACUGCAGACCAUGUGUCUCCUCUCCAUGAAGCCUGCCUAGGUGGUCAUGUGGCUUGUGCCAGUUUCCUAUUAAAGCAUGGUGCUAAGGUGAAUGGGGUUACUGUUGACUGGCACACUCCUUUGUUCAGUGCUUGUGUCAGUGGCAGUGUGGCUUGUUUGAAUUUACUGCUGCAACAUGGGGCCAACCUGCACCCGCCCUGUGACUUGGCAUCCCCCAUCCAUGAAGCUGCUAAGAGAGGUCAUGUGCAAUGUGUUGAGCUCCUCACAUCCCAUGGGGUGAAUAUAGAUCACAACAUCAGGCAUCUGGGUACUCCGCUGUAUGUAGCUUGUGAGAACCAGAAAGUGGACUGUGCCAGGAAGCUACUUGAGUCAGGAGCAAACGUGAACAGUGGCAAGGGUCUGGAGUCCCCACUGCACGUGGCUGCCAGGAGUUGCAGUGCAGAGCUCGUGAUGCUGCUGAUUGACUUCGGAGCAGACAUUUGGGCAAAGAAUGCUGAAAGCAAAAGGCCGAUGGAGCUGGUUCCACCUGGCAGCCCUUUGAGUCAACUGUUCCUGCAGAAAGAAGGGCCCCUGUCCUUGAUGCAGCUCUGUCGCUUGUGCAUCAGGAGGUGCUUUGGACACAAGCAGCAUCAGAAAAUAACUGGCCUUCUCCUGCCCGAAGAGCUGAAACAUUUCCUUCUUCAUGUUUAAGCCUUUCAAGUACAAAAUGGUGCCUUAAUAGCACAGCAAGGUCUGUUGAAGAAAAAUUUCUCACUAGUAGUGUUGCCAACACCUGCAAUGUUAAGCUGUGAUAGCUAUUGGUCUCUGGUAAGGCCCUGGGUCUGAGAAACAUGGAAACAACCAACUUGCUGAGUCCUCAGCACCACCCCCAGCCAAACAGUGACUUGAAAAGGAGCUAGUCUGCAUUGCUGUACUGUAGAGCAUAGAAAUGUGUCUCACCACCCUCCUAGAAAGGCAGGAAAUGAGCACAAUCUUUUGAGAUAGACCUCUUGAUUCUCUGAAUCCCAGCACCGUUUCAGAGGGCUCAUGGCUGACAGAACCUUACAAAGAAAGCACGUAUCCCAGAGCAGCAUGAACAGCGCUUUUAGUAACAUCUGUGAGGGCUGUCCACACCACCAUAAGACUAAGGAAAGGGAACUCAACCUACUUGCAAAGCCGGACAACACAACUGCUGGAUGCAGGUGUCUGGUACGAGACGUUAAUUUUUGUGCUGAUCAGACACAGAAAGAGCAGUUCUGUUGGUCUGUGUGACACUAAAUUGUACCUUGAUGGGACAAAAUGACAAAUACAGAUAGGUCCUUAAGUUCCCUUGUUAUGGGAUACGGACCCCUAGAGAUCUCAGUUCAUCACAUGUUAUCUGAGGUAUAUAAACAUUCACUGGCUGCUUUAAGAUGUCCAUCUCUACUCUUUCCCUCCUACUGAAGGAGAAAAAUAGACAUUUGUCUUUGUAUUCUGAAAAAAAAGAAUCUAUUACAGAUGGAUCCUUCUAAAAUCAGUAUCUUGCAUAAGCUGAAUCUCCACUGAACAGGGAGGGAAGAGACAGUUAACCUAGUGCUUAACUUUUUGAAGAUUAAUGUUAAGUGUGAAGAAUCCCUGUUUUGGUGACGCAUCUGAAAGUUGAAAAUCCAUCUUGUUAUAUUUUAGAUCAAGAACUAUUUUUUUUUUUUACCCACUACUUUUGUCAUUUACCAUUAAACAUCUUAUUUGUUAUAUUAUCAGAGUAAUGUUAAUACCGGGAUAAAAUUGAUCAGAGAAGGUGGUGAAAGCAUUGUUUCUAGAUUGCUUUUCAUCUGGAGAUUUCAUACCUUAAUUUUGCUUCCUUGAAUCCCUCAGACCAUGAAUGAUUAGGAUGAAUUCUGUUUGCUCAGUUUGUAUCAUCUCAGUAUAUUUGCUUAUUUAUUUUAAUAUAAAUUGUGAUAAACACUGGUGAAUUACAUCUUCAUGUAUCAACAUCUAGUUAUAAACUGUAAAAGCUGUAUAAGAUGCAAACCAAAUAAGCUAAAUGCAGGGGAAGUUUGGAUAUUCUUCUGUAUUUGAAACCAAAUAUAAUGUAGGAUUUGAAAGACUGUCAUGAAUAUAUUUUAUCAGUUUUUUUGCUAUUAUUUUGCUGGCAGUUAAAUGGCUAUCAACACACAAUUGUAUAGGACAUUAGUUAAAAAUAAAUGGUUUAUAUUCUCUUUUGA